AUGGCUUCACGAUUCCCACGUUCUACGCUGCAUCAACGCGACCCCCGUGCCGCCUCUUCUCUUUUUGACACGUAUGGUGGCAACUCACGACCUACCAGUCGGUCGCCCGGCCAGAUGGGUGGAUAUGGAUAUGGAGGAUACCCGGGCUCAGGAAAUGAAGGAUCGUUGAACGGUAGUGCCAUGGGAGGAGGCUAUCGAAGUGCAACCCCAAAUGCAAAGGGCCAGUAUUCGGACGCCGUUCUCUCUCAUCUCGAGUCUCAGAACGAUACAGAGGUUGAAGGAAUUAGCGCGAAAGUGAAAAUGCUGAAGGAUAUUACCCUUGCUAUUGGAGAUGAAAUCCGAGAUACGUCGACUAUUUCGGAUCUGAACGAUACCUUCGAGAAUACUCGAGUGCGCAUUCGAGGGAACAUGAAUCGCAUGCUGCGAAUGGCGGAGCGCACGGGAGUUGGCUGGCGUGUGUGGCUGGCCUUCUUCCUAGCUGUCUUCCUACUAUUCGUUUAUGUCUGGCUGGCUUGA